UGGCGCAGUAGUCUACCUAUGUCAAAUGAACUCUCGGUUGGUUGUUCAGCCUCGCAGUUUCUGGUCACUUCUGAGAAUAGAUCGGGAUAUGAUAUUUGCAAUUCAACAUCGGUCGGUUCCCCACGCAGAAAUGUUGCUCGUUUCCAGCGUCCAACAGCCUUGUUGUGUGAAAGACAACGUUCUGAAUCUCCUGCAACUCAUUCAAAGAGUCGACAGCAAGGUGCUUCCGUUAAUAGUAAUAAACAAAACGAUAGAUAUGAUUUUGAAUCUUUGCAAAAAGAAAUUGCCAAAAGGAGUGGCGUCCUACUCUUCGGAAACAAGGUUUUGCUCGCUAAAACAGAUGAUUUCGCGAAUGAGGGCUGUCUAGGUUCUGGUACGUGUAGCUCUGUGUACAAGAUGCGACAUCGUACCAAGCCUAAUAUAGUAAUGGCAGUUAAGCAAAUGCGUGUGUCAUCUACGUAUGAAGAGGAAAAUAAGCGUAUUAUGAUGGAUCUAAAUAUUGUUACAAAAUGUUUCGAUUGCUCUUAUAUCGUCGAGUGCUAUGGAAUAUUCUUCUCCGGAGGUGAUGUCUGGAUAUGCAUGGAAGUCAUGUCAACCUGCUUAGAUAAGCUAUAUCAUGAUCUUCAUCGUCCAUUUCCGGAAAAAGUAUUGGGGAAAGUGACGGUUGCUAUUACCACUGCUUUGGACUAUUUGAAACGGAAACAUAACGUUAUGCACAGAGGUAAUGCUAUAAUUUUAAUAAGUUCCAGACGUUAAACCAUCUAAUAUGCUUUUGAGUUACCAAGGUGUCAUUAAGUUAUGUGACUUCGGAAUAAGUGGAAUUCUUAAGGAUUCUAUUGCCCGUUCGCGACAGCCGGGAUGCACUGGUUAUAUGGCUCCAGAACGUCUUAACAACUCAACAUAUGAUGUUCGUGCUGACAUUUGGUCACUUGGAAUAUCAUUGUUGGAAUUGGCAACCGGAUCUUUUCCAUACACUGGGACUCAUAUUGAAUCCACCUCCAUCGUUACCUCACCAUAUACCUUUUACCCCUGCAUUCCGUCAAUUCGUCGAGCUAUGGUAAGUCUGUUGCCUUUCGUUUAUUGCUGUAAAGUCUUGGUCAUCUCUUAAUCUUACAUAUUUUGCUAAUUAUCUUGUCUUUUUAUCCUUUUUCAUCUUAUCUGUAUCAUUUUAAAAAGGUAAGUAAUGUUAACUAUGGUACAACAGGUAAGUCACAUGGUCUAGUAUUUUGUGUUUACCGAAAGGCAUUUUCGAAUUCAUUUCCGGUCGAUGCAAGUUUUAAAAGAUUUUGUAUUCAAAGUAAUAAUGUUCGAGUUAGACACUAUGCACUCACCUAAAUUCUAGGCCACUUUUACACGGGAAGUACUUAUGAUUCUAUCUUUAUCUCCAUCCGCAUUUCCGGUUCUUUAUUCGGAUAUGACAUGCGUCGAUAAAUCUGUUUUAAGAGUUGAUUGUAACUUUUGUCUUCAAAAAUCUCAGUGUACGUUUAGAUGUAAGAAAGUAAGUUAUAAUUAUUUUUGCGCCACAGUGUUAGACACAGAAAAUUCACAAUUGAUUGAUCACUGGGUGGUGAUCAUUGUCAUGUUCGUCAAGUCCUUAUUAGUGCAGAUCGAAUGCUUUCAACCAUGUUGCAAUAUGGCCACCAGUCUAGGUGACUCGACACUGCGUGCACUAUGCUGAGAUUAGGUGGUGGUUGGAGGUAGUCGACAGAAAACCCUGGACCCGGGUUUCGGGCUACUUGGCACCCAGGGAUCAAUCAAUUGUGAUUACGUCUCAGUCCUACGAGAGGUCGGUCGCGGCUCGGAUAGCUCAGUGGUAACGUCUCUGACUGUGAAGCUGGGUGACACGAGAUCGAAUCCGUCAGGGAGCACCAGUUCCCUCAAGAUUACAGUUACACCUUGCUGACAAGUGCCAAGCAGCACGAAACCCGGGUCCAGGGUUUCCUGUCGACUACCUCCAACCACCAUCUAAUCUCAACACAGAAACUUGGAAAUUGAAUAGCUGUGUUAGCUAGCUGUGUAAAUGGUUUUGUUGGAAUAAUUAAUCAGUUGAAACUGUUUUGGCUGAUGAAUAAAUUCAAAUAAUUAUUUUGUUUCUUACUACAUGAUGUAUGGUAGAGUAGAGUGAACGUACACGAAAAAGAUGGGAUGCACACGAUAGUCACAAUCAGUAGUAUCACUGAAUCGAUCACAUUGGUAGGGAUACAUUCACCCUUAAUUCUUGAGCACCAAUAUUAUUUCCUACACUUUAUUCCUCUUACUCAUCCUCUCUUCGAGCUAUAUUCCAAAAUGUUCAGUCGCUGUCAUUGAUGCCAUUAUUCAUCUUGUUAAGUUCAUCUCGAUUUGCAAAUGUGGUGUAAGAAGUGGGGUUGGUUCACAUUUGUGUCAGGCUUUGUUAAUGUUGACUGUGUCCCUACUUAGUGUAUACCUUAUUAUUCACUGCAUCACUUAAUUAAAGUAAACAUAUAUAAUCAGCGUGUGUAUACCCGCUCGUAUGCUUUAGACGGCAAAAGUCUUAUUUCUGCUCUAAAAGAAUGAAAAAACCAUUGUUGGCUGUGAUGUAUAGGUUUGUCGAAUAAGCUUGGUAUCCCAUCCUUUAAUUUUUUUUCUUGAUAUGUUUCACGUCAAAAAUAUAGUCGGUAUUAGCAGAACAAAUUAGAGGUAAGCAGGUCCCUUCUUGCUCAAAUUUUUGACCGUCUCAAUCAAAUUUCUAUGUUUCUAUCCUUGUAAAAAUGGAAAAGUAAGCAUUUGGUUGCCUCUUUGAUUAGUCUGUUUGAUUUGUUUGGGAUUUACUGUAUUAUCCUCCUUUUCAUUUUUAGCUUAACAAAGGACCAUACUCAGCGCCCAAAAUAUCGCUCAUUAAUGAGUACUGGAUUUUUUGUUCGGCACAACAAGGAACCUCAUGAUGUACUAGAGUGGCUUAGGGGAUUACCAUUACCACACUUACAGUGUUUAGAUGAAACGAAGACCAAUAAUUGGGAUUGCAAAACUCCUACAAGCAUCACAUCCUCUAUGGAUUAUUUGACUGGUACAAUUGAAUCUCCCGAAUCAGUGACCACUCUUAGUCCAGAUAUUUCCGGGGGUGUGAGUAAUAUCUCUCUUGAUAACUCUUCCGAUUCAAAAAAAGCAUCAUGGGAAAAUAUAAAUAAUCAAGCUGAGGUAGACGUUACACUAGUUGCAGCACCUAAAGUAAAUUCCGAUUCUAACGAGCAAACACAGUUCACUGUUCAUAAAUCUUCUAUAACUUCUGACCAUUUUGUUAAUGAAAAUAUUUCCCCUCAGCUUUCAUCCUUUACAAUUAGUGAACAGUUUUCUGUUGGCCAAAAUCCUCAUUUUUUUAGGACCCGAAAUACAAUAGUUGGUCAGAGUUCAGAAAAUUUUAUUAACCUACUAGAGGGAAAGUCCAAUAAGUUCCUCUCCCAGGGCUCUUCAGGUUACGGAUCUGCAGGUUCUGAUAGUUCUCCUGGAUCUCUUGGAAGUGAUAGUCGUCCACCAAGUUCCACCCAAGUUCUUGAUAUGAUAUUACCCAAUAGAAGUGUUAAUGGGAUCCCUCCUUUACCAGUAUUUCAGCGUGCCAAACCUUCGUACACUAUCAGAGUCAAUAAACCCAAUAAAUGUUUGAACAAUAUUUCGGAAAAUAAUGUUAGUCGAUCUAAUUUGUCAAUCCGUCCCACCGUAUCAGAUUCAUUUUCUAAUCAUCCUAGUUGUCAAGUCUCCUCUGUGCAUUCAAUAAGUGGUUCUGAUCAGUGGAGUACGUUAUCCCUAUCAUCUAGAACAACUCAUAUACCUACAUCUCAACCUGUUACGGAAAAUUCUGUUCAUAAUCAACUAACAUCACUCAUUGAAAAAUUUGAACCCAGCUCGAAUAAAGGAGUUGGUUUAUGUGCUAGCACGAAACAUGAAAAGUGUACCCCUUUAGAUAAUGAUUCCCAAGAAAAAGGUAAAAGUUUUGGUUCUUCAAAGAUGGAAUUGAUCUGUGGUCGUCCCAAUAUAAACAAACGGAAAGUAGUUGGCCAAUCACGUUCCUCUUCUGUUGGUGCUCAGUUGCAGCGCUCUCCCGCUAAAAGAUGGUUAGUCAAACCACCACAAAUUAUAAGGAAUCUUCAAGUCGAUCAAAAUCCUUCAAUAUGUGCACACAAUAAUACUACUCGUAUACGUUCGCCAGUAAUUCCAAAUGCUACCUCAUCCAUAUUGAACCCGAACUAUGGGACCAUUUUAGGGAAGAAUACAUCUCCACAACAAUAUCAUCAUCAUUAUUUCUAUUAUUAUUAUGACAAUCAACUCGAUGCAAACAAUCUAAAUAAACCACCUAGUACAUCAUGGGUGGCCAAAGAGAAUAUAAGUGCUCUUGGUAGAAAUUCGCCAUCUUAUUUUACUAAUUCAAACUCCAAUUCAUUGGUUAGUAACUCUCUACCCACAAGCAACAUAUCACCCAUUCUUUCAGGAAGAAUGUGUCAACGAUUAAAUACUCAUCCAAUUCCAAGACAAAGCAGUUUGCAAUUUCCAUCUGACGAUUUUAGAUCUUCCAAGGCGGAGUCAACUUCACUUCUUUUCUCUGGAAUGUUAGGAUCACGUCUACCUAUGGCUUCACAAUCCACUUAUCAGAUUAUAUCUAGCGAGUCCCAUGGGCGAUACCUUAACCGAAACAUUUUCCAACAUCCACUUGUAUUCAGUAACUCAACGCUAAGAGACACUGGUACAUUGAUAAAGAAAGGUGAACAUCCUAAACAUACACACAGAUCAGUGUCACAACCUCCUAAAUUACGAGAUUGGCUAUCUUUUGAAACAGAAUUGUGAAGAUACACCUCAUGGUACUAAUGCAUAUCAACAAAAAUAUCGAGAUCUAUUUAUGUUCCUAAACUUAGUUCCAACUUACCUUUGUCUUUCGAUGCUUGCAUCAACAUUUUGUUGUUAGGGCGAUUUUAUUGAUCAUCUUCAAAUGCUCACAUUCAUUUCUAGUCUUUCCAUUCUCCAUACAAAAUGCAUAACCUACAAAAGCUUUCAGUAACUACUCUUAAAUAUGUUUAUUGGUAAUCAAUUGGGUUACUUCUGUACAUACUAGUGUAAAUUAUGGUCUUCAUUGUAAUUUACGCCCUAACAGUUUUAUUUGAAGUCAGUUACCUAGUUGUAUUAUUGUUUAUUAGUCAAGUCUUGAAUUUUUGGAUGAUUUUUAAAAAUAAUCUUUCAACGAAUUCAUGUUAGGUUCCAGAAAAUAAAAUAUUUUUAAGAAUCCGUCUUUUGUGACUGCACAUUAUUAAAUUUCGCAUCUUGGAUAAGUGUUUCACCAUGUUAGCUGCAGUUUAAUAUGAAGGGGGGAGAAUUGUACUCUAGUUACACCCAAAGAUAAGUGUAAGUCUUGUAGAUGUUAUAAGAAUGUAAUCUUCAAACAGGGUAUUCAACACCUUGGCGACUUUCAAUUUCACACCGAUGACAGUUCCGAAUAAGAAGACCAUGUGGAAAGGUUGAAACUAAGUAAAUUCAAAUGAACUAAAACAUUAUCAUCAAAACUUUAACUUACCCAAUGAGUUUUUUUGAGCAUUGACUUCUGAUUUGCUCAAAAGCAGUAACAAUGCGGAUAAUCUGAAUUUCACAUCGUAUUACUCGUUUAGUUUUGCUGAUGUAUUUUAUACAAAGCUUUUUACUGACAUUGUCUUACGCAACUGAUUUCUACUUCAGCGACAUAUGUUACUUAGAUUUUAUUUGUUUAUUGAGUCUUCUUACCCUAGGCAUUUUUGAUAUUAGAAUGACUCCUAAAAUUGUUUUGGCUUGAUGUUUUCGCAUUCAGAAAUAUAGUUUAUAAUGCGUCAAACGGAUGUAUGAAAAGUAAUGCAGUGUGCAGUCGAAAAAAUUGAUGGUCGGCUUUUGGUGCAUUAAAGGGAUUCGCUUUCAUUCCAACAGUAAAUUACUUUCUCUACAUUUCAUAUUUUGCGAAUGUAUGGUCCCUACCGUUUAUGAAAUAACAAGUGUUAUGUGGUUUAAAUCUGCGUAGUACACUUACUAGUUCAGUUGGGUCUGUCCAUUAACAAUAUUCUCCAGUUUUUAGUUAAACAGGAUUAAGUAAAAGGGUUAUAAGUGAGACUGUAUUUAGCUACUGUGGUAUAUUGAGAUUCAUGUAUUGGGUUAGUGAAGUCAUUGUAUACCACAGGAUCCUAUGACAGACUUUUAACUAAGCUCUGAAAAAUCGGAAGCGUAAAAUUUCCAGGUGUCCUUACAUGUAGUCUGUAUGGGUAAAUGCAUACAAUAUCAGCUUUUAAAGAAUAACUGGCUGUUAUCUUGCCAAAAAUCGCCUUAGUAAAUCUUCAACUACUAUACCGUUCAGAAUAUGGUUAUAAUUUUCUCUUAUCGUGCAUAGUGUAGAUUUUGCCUUCACUUGUUUAGUUUCUAAUAAGGCCAAGAAUGUAUAUCCAGUGGAUGACCGCAUCACUGAACCGUGAUUAUUUAUAGACAUCUACUUGUAAUCUAAUAUAGGCAGAGGUUGGCAUAUGACAUGUACUUGUUACUAGCCAUUAUGUGAAUACAGCUCCUAUUACCUCUGUAUUAAAGGUCCCACUCCUAUCAGGAGCUAUAUAUUACACUUACAAUCAUCGCCUACCUUGAUUUAAAACUAAGAAAGUCCCUUGUAAUUUAAGAUAUGAAUAAAAUAAACUCAGUUGACACCGAUCAGGUGGUUUUAACGGAUGAAAAGAAAAAUGACGAGCACGAGUCAUUUUUAUGCAUGGGAUCGUAGUGUUUAUGAAGUAAAUAACAAUACUGUAUCUGAAGAUAUACAGUCAUAUGAUGGGAGGUAGUUAGAAUCAGUCGAUUUAGGGUUAUGGGUGCUGGAAAAUCCAGGUGAAUAGAAAACACAAGUCUUGGAAACUAGGUGAAUCAUUUUAAUCGAAAUACUAUUAUUUAAAUUGAAUUCGUCCUAAGACAUCGUAUGUAAAAAUCAGCUC